GUUACGUAAUGACGGUAUCAUGGAAGAAUGCGGAUAUGAUCCUGUUACUGUGCAGUCAUGCCAACGCGUAAUUUCAUUUUUUUUUUAAAAAAAAAAAAAAAAAAAAAAAGAUAGGGAGGGAACAAUAUUCCCAAAGGAAUAAAGUAGUAUCAGAACAAAGAUAUAAAGUAAACAUCUGUAUUUACCGCUAUUUUUGAAAACAAAAAGAAUGCAUUAUCAUGCUACAUUAGCGAUAGUUUUAAUGUAGUAAAGCCCCAUGGGUUAGUUAACUCCGUAAGCCACUACCUGAAACUUUUUUAUUUAUUUUUUCUUUACUGGCUUUUUCUUGAACUUUUCUAUUUUAAUAUAAUAAAAUGUCUGCAACUAUUCAAAUAAAGUGGCAUCACAAGAAGUUUCCUAUAGAGUUUGCCAGCAUCAAAGACUUGGAGGCAACCACGGUAAAAGACUUGAAAACACAUAUUCAACGUUUGACUGGUCUUGAACCCAGCAGCAUGAAGUUGCAAGCGUUUGGAGCGUUUAUGACCAACGAUGAGUUACCAUUAAGCGUUUAUGGUAUUCGUCCCGGAUGUUUCGUUAAAUUAAUAGAGCAUCACAAGAAGGAUCAUGGACCACCAGUGCCUGCCAAGGAUCACCCUAAAAAGGCUCAUCAUCACCAUAAGGAAGUGCGAAAUGAGGAACAAGAGUUAAUAGACAAAUUACAAGUACUCAAGACCAAAGUAGAUACCGAAUUAGCUCCCCAAAUCAAGACUUACGAAAAGGAAGUGAAGGCAUUUUUAAACAAGUCUGAAAAGACAGAAAAAGAAAAGAAGGCACAGAUUUACAAAGCUGCUUACCUUGGUGAGCAAUUGAUGUUGAUCUUAUUCGAUUUAGACGCAUUUUCUUGUGGAGUCCACACCAAUGCACGACAACACCGAAAGGAACUAGUUCAAGUGACUCAAGCAUUGUUAGAUAAAGUAGAUGAAAUUAAAUCCGUUGUAAAGAAUAUUGUUUUAUAAAAAAAAAAA